AGUUGCGACGAAGAGAGCCAAGUAUUUAUUUAUUUAUUUAUGCAUUUCAUCUUCGAAGCGCCUGCUUUAAAAAAAAAAAAACGACAUAACAAAGUUGCGCGUGUUUUUGGACGGAUUUGAAGAAAACGGCUGACCAGUAGGCGUCAAGACUAAUAAGUUAAUUCAGUUCACCCGGUGCUCCCGCGCGAGCUGCGGGAACACCAGGUGGACUUUGCCGGCCAGGUGCACGGCGAUCCCCAAAAGAGGUAAACAUUCGUUGUCGUUCGAACCUUCAUCCUGAGCGUCGACAUGUACAGUAUGAUGGAACACGAGUUGAAGCCCGGCGGGCAGCCGGUGCACCACGCGGCGCAAGGCAUGUCACCGGUCCCUCCGGGCAGCAUGACCCCGGGCAACGGCGUGCCUCACCCGGGCUCCAAAAGCGCCCUCCAGGCUCCCGGCGGAGGUGACCCUAUGGAUAAGGUCAAGCGGCCCAUGAACGCAUUCAUGGUGUGGUCUCGCGGUCAGAGGCGCAAAAUGGCCCAAGAGAACCCCAAAAUGCACAACUCCGAGAUCAGCAAGCGGCUGGGAGCAGAGUGGAAGCUGCUGAGCGACGCCGAGAAGCGGCCGUUCAUCGACGAGGCCAAGCGGCUGCGGGCCGUGCACAUGAAGGAGUACCCGGACUACAAGUACAAGCCCCGGCGCAAGAGUAAGCCGGCGCUCAAGAAGGACGCGGUACAAGUGCCCAAGUACCCGCUGGCUGCGGGCAACCUGCUGGUGACUGCGCAAGGCCAGGGCGCCAGCCCAAGGAUGGAGAGCUACGGAUGGGGCCCCGCGGGUGGCUACGCCGGGAUGCAGGGCGAAGCGCUCGGCUACACGCAGCAGCUGCACCGCUACGACCUGUCGGCCCUCCAGUACCCCCCCGCCAUGACCGCCGCUCAGACUUACAUGAACGGAAACAACUCGUACAGCCCGAUGUCGUACAGCAGCAGCCCCCAGCAGCCCAGCCCGGUCCCCAUGUCCAUGGUGAAAGCGGAAGCCGUGUCUCACUCCCCCCCGACGCCCACCCACCACCGGGGGCCCCUGCAGGGCGACCUGCGGGACAUGAUCAGCAUGUACAUCCCAGGGGGCGGCGACGGCGGCGACCCGGCGGGGGGGGGCGCUCCCAGGGGCUACGGCGGCGUCCAGCAGCACUACCUCACCGGCACUGUACCCCUAACACACAUCUAGUAGAACUGCACGGGACAGUCUGCACUCUCGGCCAAUGCCGCUCCUUUGGGGUGUCUUCAUUCGGCAUUGUACGAUGUUUUUAAUACACUUUUAGAUUGAUUCUUUGUGCUUCUAUAUAUAUUUUUUUGCUUUUGAAGACAAAAUAGAUGAAUUUGGAAAUACUCCUUUUGAGUAGCUUUACUGCAAGGGUGGCGAAGCACUUGUCUCGCCCUUCCUCUCCACGCCUAUCAAUUAGUUUGAAUGUGUAAAGAUGAUGUAUCCUGCUAACGUUGCUGUUUAACUUCACCCAUGGCCCACAGUCAUUUUCCAAACCAAAUGGAUCUAACCUUGCUGGAAUUAGAAUAAUCCCACGGCAUAGCAUCAAAAGAAUACACUCUGCAAAUAAUCAUCAAUUAACUCAUUGCACAAAAGAUCCCACCCCCCCACACACGCAAUUUCCAUGUAAAAUUGGAUAAUUUGGUUGGGAAUUGCUGCUGUCAACCAUCAAGUGUACGUGUUUUUUUUUUUCUUCUCCCCCAAAUGAGUCCCCCCCCAAACUGUUGGCUUCCAUAUACAGUACGCAAGCGUGUGUGUAUAUACUGUACAGUAGCUGCUGCUAUGGACCUACAUUUGGUUUGUCUACAUCAUUACUAACGAUAUUUUGUACAUUUUUUAAAUGUCAUGUUUACUUUUUUAAUUGAUUUUUAUCCUUUCUGUAGAAACAAUUGUGAGGCUUAGUUACUGUAUUUAGCGUUUUUGUAAAUAAUGUACACAUUAUAGGCUCUUAUACUAAGAGUCUUGUUGCCUUUUUGAUUAAAAAAAUCGUUAUUACUUCU